UCUGUGUCUCAGUUUAUUGUUUGUCGUACCGAAAGAUGGACAUACGUCUCGCAUUUGACGAAGAUUUAUUCAAGACGUCGUAAAAUAUCGCAGGGACGAUUUUUUUCUCGAAACAGCAGAAAAAAAGCAAAAAAAUAUCAGGAGAAUGUAAAAAUAAAUUAGCAACGAAGAAUGUCGAGGAAUAUCAAUUGUGUGCAACAACUGUGCAUCGUAUUUCUCGUUUGCGUUCACGUGCAAGCAAUUCUUAACAUUAACAACAACAGUAGCAGGAUACGACAGAAGCCUUUCAUGGAGGAGGUAAUGGAUGUGACACCGUCGAUAGACAUCGAAGCAACAAAUUCCCCGCAACCGCCAACAGACUCGGUACUCGAAUCAAUUAGGCUUAAGUGCACUUUGAGCAUCGACAACGGCAACAGUUCGGAAAAUUGUGCGUCAAUUUGCGAUGCCGGGAUAAAUUUAAAUAUCACAUCGCACGACGACGGCCUGAUGGAAAAAGUGACAAACGACUUGUUUACUCAAUGUCCAAAUAUUGAAACACUUUCUGUGAACGAUAAUCCGCACCUUACCAACAUAUCGGGGGCACUUUUCGAGCAAUUUUUCGCCUUGCAGCAACUAAAUUUGUCACAAAAUCGAAUAAAAGAAAUUCCAAGUGACGCAUUUCGAGGCGCUCAUGCCCUAACUUUGAUAAAUCUCUCUUCGAAUGCCAUCGAAAGUGUUGCUGGCGACGCUUUUAAACGUCUCGCGAAACUUUUGAUCCUGGAUUUGAGCGCGAAUCGCAUCAAACAACUCAGCGCCAAGAUGCUACAAGACUGCACAAGUUUGACUCACUUGAUUUUACGCCGAAAUUCCUUGCCGCAAGUCGAAAUGCACUUCACGACACGUGUCAUGCAACUAAUUGACAUGUCAUCGAACGAACUGUCAGCUGUGACAUUCAAAACUCCCGCACCAAAGAAGCAACAAAACGCCUAUCCGCGUAAUUUUAGCAACGUGACGUUGUUGUUAGACGAUAAUUUGUUGAAAAAUUUGACAAUUUCUCCCGCAAUCCAGAUUUACGAUUUAUCCCUUGCGAGAAAUCAGCUCGACUCGAUCACAGAAUUGAGUAAAAUUCGGCCAUUUUUGGCGCGAAAUUUGAAUUUGGAGGGAAAUUCUUUGACAUAUUUGGAUUCCAAGCAGCUUCCGGUCUCAAGUAAACUCGAAAUUUUGCGACUUCGAGGUAAUAAACUUUCGGAUUUGGAAGUUGAAGAGCUGAAAAGUCACUUUUUGAACUUAAAUUUCGUGUCGUUGCAAGAAAAUGAAUGGACUUGCAAAGAUCUCAAGAGGAUAGUGACGCAAUUGCAAGUGAGAAAUGUCAAAAUUCUCGAUGCGGAUGACGAGAAAGAAAUUCCCGCUCGAAAUCCCGAAUGUUCAUGGCGUGCGUUGUUUCGAUUCGCGACACGAGCUGUUCCUGCUGAAAAUGGAGUAUACCGCAAAACUAAACAGAAUUACGCUAAUUAGCGUGUGCACAGUGGGCUUUUUGAUUGUCGUCAUUUGCCUCAUUGCCGUUAGCUCGUGCCGCACGAUGCACCGCCUGCGGUCCGACAGCUUAUCAAAGAGUUUCGAAAUCAAAAUGAUGCCAACGGAAAAUAUUUAUGAGGAGCAUGUCUAUAAUAAUGUGUACAGCAAUCCAACAACACCAACGACAACAUUGUGAUUUAUGUAAUAAAAAAAAAUAAAAUAAAAUUUAUCUGUUAAAAAUUAUAAUAAAAUUUUUGGUUUUUUGUU